GGCUGCCGGCUCAGAAUACCCAGCAAGCUAACCCAGCGCACUGCGCUCUGCUCGCCCUCUCCGCUUGCUCUCCGACUCGGUCGCGCUCGCCCAGCACAUGGAGCCAGUGACGGGCUCUGGGGCUUCUCAGAGCCUCGGGAGGAGACGUCUAGAGCCUCGGGGCGGUAGCCUCUGCCUCCGCCUCUUUCUUGCAGCCUAGGUCUGGGAACGAACUCCCGGAGAUCCAGAAGAAAGAGGGCAAAGGGAGAGAGGGGGGCGAGGGGGUCGAAGACGCCUCCUGCGCCCCCUUGGCUAACCCGCAGGCCUUCCCUUCUCUCCUCGCCAUCACCACCACCCCUCCCUCCUGGCCCGGCCCGCCCGUCCUGGCCCGGCCCAUUCUGUCCCCAGCCCCGCUGGACUCGGCCCUAGGGAACGGCGGCGAUGGGAGCGCCCCGGAUCUCGAUCUCGCACAGUCUUGCCUUGCUCCUCUGCUGCUCCGUGCUCAGCUCCGUUUACGCACUGGUGGAUGUCGAUGAUGUCGUAACCAAGGAGGAUCAGAUCGUCCUCCUGCGAAAUGCCCACGCCCAGUGCGAGCAGCUGGUCAAGGAGGUACUCAGGGUCUCUGAACUUGCAGAAUCAGCCAAAGACUGGAUGUCAAGGUCUGGAAAGGCAAAGAAGGAGAAACCUGCAGAAAAACGUUAUUCCCAGGCAGAGGAGGCUGGGGAAGUUUCUGAUGGGAGCCGGCGCCAGGAUGGCUUCUGCCUACCUGAGUGGGACAACAUUCUGUGCUGGCCUGCUGGAGUGCCAGGCAAGGUGGUGGCCGUGCCCUGCCCUGACUACAUCUACGACUUCAACCACAAAGGCCGAGCCUAUCGGCGCUGCGACAGCAAUGGCAGCUGGGAGCUGGUGCCUGGGAACAACCUGACAUGGGCGAAUUACACCGAGUGUGUCAAGUUUCUGAACAACGAGACCCGGGAACGGGAAGUCUUUGAUCGCCUUGGAAUGAUGUACACUGUGGGCUACUCCACCUCUCUGGGCUCCCUUACCGUGGCUGUGCUGAUCUUGGGUUACUUUAGGAGGCUGCAUUGCACCCGAAACUACAUUCACAUGCACCUCUUCGUGUCCUUCAUACUCCGGGCCAUAAGCAUCUUCAUCAAGGAUGCCGUGCUCUACUCAGGGGAUUCCCCAGACGAAAUCAAGCGCAUCACUGAGGAGGAGCUGAGGGCCUUCCCGGAGUCUCCCCCUACUGAUAAGGCGGGUUUAGUGGGCUGCAGAGUGGCAGUAACCGUCUUCCUUUAUUUCCUGACCACCAACUACUACUGGAUCCUGGUGGAAGGCCUAUACCUUCACAGCCUCAUCUUCAUGGCUUUUUUCUCUGAGAAAAAGUAUCUCUGGGGUUUCACGUUAUUCGGCUGGGGCCUCCCUGCCGUGUUUGUCGCUGUGUGGGUGAUCGUGAGGGCCACACUAGCCAACACCGAGUGCUGGGACCUGAGUGCGGGGAAUAAGAAAUGGAUCAUACAAGUGCCCAUCCUGGCAGCUAUUGUGGUGAACUUUAUUCUUUUUAUCAAUAUAAUCAGAGUACUAGCUACUAAACUCCGGGAGACCAAUGCAGGGAGAUGUGACACAAGGCAACAGUACAGAAAGCUGCUGAAGUCCACACUAGUGCUUAUGCCGCUGUUUGGGGUGCACUACAUUGUCUUCAUGGCCAUGCCGUACACAGAAGUAUCAGGGAUUCUUUGGCAAAUCCAAAUGCACUAUGAAAUGCUCUUCAAUUCAUUCCAGGGAUUUUUUGUUGCCAUAAUAUACUGUUUCUGUAAUGGAGAGGUACAAGCAGAGAUCAAGAAGUCAUGGAGCCGAUGGACCCUGGCUUUGGACUUCAAGCGGAAGGCCCGGAGUGGCAGCAGCACCUACAGCUAUGGCCCCAUGGUUUCGCACACAAGUGUCACCAAUGUGGGACCCCGAGGGGGGCUGGCCUUGUCCCUCAGCCCUCGACUAGUUCCUGGGGCUGGAGCCAGUGCCAAUGGCCAUCACCAGCUGCCUGGUUAUGUGAAACAUGGCUCCAUUUCUGAGAACUCAUUGCCUUCAUCUGGCCCAGAGCCUGGCACCAAGGAUGACGGGUAUCUCAAUGGCUCUGGAAUCUAUGAGCCAAUGGUUGGGGAACAGCCCCCUCCACUUUUGGAGGAGGAGAGGGAAACAGUCAUGUGACCUAUACCCCCCACCUAUCCAGGGGGCAGAGACCCUGGGCUUGUGCCUGAACUCUGAGGCCUGCCCCCACCCUUGUACUCAGGCCAGGCCCCCCCAGGGGCCCUGUGGACCUCACAUUCCCAAGUGCAAGCCGAACCAGAGGUCCCUCUGACUGAGCCUGGGGUCAAGGAGAUGUUCCCAGGCCUAGUCAGUACACAGGUUCAAGGGGCCAUGGCUGCCUUCUCAGGACCAGGAAUGGAGCUGGGGCCACCUGGGGGAUGGACAGAUACUCCAUUGAAGGGAGGGGAAGCUGUGGAGGUCAGGGAGAAAAAAUACUAAGAAGAAAAAAAAGAAAAAAAAGGAAAGAAAGGAAAAGGAAAAAAGGAUUGGAAUGGCUAUGUGUUUGUUUUGAGCUAAGUGAUGGGGGGAAGGGGCAUCUUGCAGAUAGAUCCUCAUGUCGCCCUAGCCAGGACACAGUAGGAGGAAAAAGCUAUUCUGGGAGGGCUGGAAGAAAUCUUCAGGGGUAACUCCUUGACCACUGGGGACAGAAGCUGAAGAAGUCCCUCAUCAGAUCUGGGCGACCUUGAGGGAGAAGACCUGAGCUUAUUCCAGAGGGAAGUUCAUAAUAAUUUCCAGCCCACAAGAAACAUUGAUUCCCCAGAGAGUAUUCAACAUGUCCUCACUUUUGCAUCUUUCAUGAGCUCAGGGAUGGCAGAACCCAUUUUAUGUUGAUUGAAUUCAAUUUGACAAAAGUGUAUUAAAUGCCUACCACACAUGAGGCACUGGGGAUAUAGAAAUACCAAUAGUACACAUUUCUAGAGCAUCUUAACAUUUACAGAGCUUCUUCCUCAUAACUACCCUGCACAAUAAUGUGGAACUUUCUUAGCUUCAUUUUACAGAUAGGGAAAUUAAGAUUCAAAUGGGCUGACUUACCCAGCAUCACACAAACAAUAAGACAAUAAGAAGAGGGGGUUAAGUCCAUUUUCCUAACUCCAAGUCUCAUGCACAUUCUACACAUUGCUACUUCUGCUCUCAAAGCAGGGAAAGGCAUGCACACAAAUAACUCUGUAAUGGAAGGGAUAGAGCAAUAAGUAUGCAAGAGGGGUCCGGGCAACACGCUGUGACAAAAAAUUAAUGAGUAAGAGAUUACUUCCAGCUGGGGAGUCAUCAGAGAAGUCUUCUUGGAGGAAGUGAUACUUCAACUAGACCAGGAAGAAAGGAACUUCAGCAGGUCAAGAUAUCAGGGCAAAGUGGGAAAAGGAGAGUUCAUUCCAGGUAUGGAGAAAUCACAUGAGCAAAGAUGUGAAGAUGGGACAAGGUGGGAUGAGAACAGCAGAUGAAGAGUGGUCUUGUUUGGCUAGGAGUCACAUAAGACGAGUAUGAAAAGGUAAUGUAAAAUCAGAUUCUGCAGGCUGCAGGUGCCAGAUAAGCAGUUUACACUUUUGUUCAGGCAGGAAAGGCAGAUACAUUAAAGUUUUCUGAGUGGAAAAGUUACACGAUCUUGAGAGGCAAUAGUAAGAAUACUCACUGUCUACUAAGUAUCUAUACAGUGUAUACAAAGUGGAUUGGAGAGAGGAGAGGGGACAAACUGAUGUAAUAGGGGAUAGUACAAUAGUCUAGCCAAAAAAAAAAGAAGAUCUGGUUUAGAAAAUAGAGAGCAAGGCCUGGAAUAGAGAGAUAUUAUGCAGGUAGUAGGAUUGGGCAACUCACUGAGCCAUAUCAUGUCUAUUUCAGUCCUCACCCCAACCACUAAUUAAGCUCUGAUACCAUAGUUUGUCUACCCUGGACAGCUCCUUGGAGGUUGCCCAUCCAGAAGUGAAGGUAAAGACAUCAUCAAAGAAGCCUGGAAGAGAUGAUGAUGAUGAUGACGAUGAUGAUCUUAGUCAUUGUCGUAGUGGUAGUAGUAACAGUAGUAGU